AUGCAGAAGGGCGAGCAUCUUGCACCCAAUUUUGUGCAAGAUUUCCAUCCAUUCGGACGAAUUCCAGUUCUUGAUGAUGACGGGACGCGAUUGUUCGAGUCUCGGGCAAUUUGCGAGUACUUGGUUGCAAAGUACGGGCCAAAGAGCGCUUUGGAUAGACGCACGGAUCAAAGCUACCCUGAGCUGGCAACUUACGAGCAAGCGGCUAGCGUUGAGUACUCUUACUUCGAUCCGACAAUGAAAACAUUGGCGUAUGAGAAAUUAUUCAAAGGGUUUAUGGGACGUGGCGAUCCUGACAAGGCCACAGUUGAGAGACUGGAAAUCGAGUUGGUCAAGGUCUUGGAUCACUACGAAAAAGUCCUUUCUCAUCGCGAGUACCUUGCUGGAAAUAGGCCAGGCCUUCGUGGCGAUCUAGCGCCGUAG